AGAAGGGGGAGGAGGGCACUGGGGUCCACCCAGUUUGUCCCAGCUCUGGCAGGCCCCGCCUGCUCCCAGAAGAGCAGUCCCAGACCCAAGCUCCCACUGACGGGUGUCUCUCCAGACCAGCGGUGGAUUCCUCAGGGCUCAGGAUGCAGAGGUGGAGGCUGUGGGUUGCAGUCUCCUUGACCAUCCUGUCUACACAGGCCUUUCCACAAACGGACAUCAGUAUCAGCCCAGCCUUGCCAGAGCUGCCCCAGGCUUCCCUGUGCCCUCUGUUCUGGAUGGAGUUCAAAGGCCACUGCUAUAGAUUCUUCCCUCUCAACAAGACCUGGGCUGAGGCUGACCUCUACUGCUCUGAGUUCUCCAUUGGCAAGAAAUCUGCCAAACUUGCCUCCAUCCACAGCUGGGAGGAGAAUGUCUUUGUGUAUGACCUUGUGAACAGUUGUGUUCCUGGUAUCCCAGCUGACAUCUGGACAGGCCUUCAUGAUCACAGACAGGAAGGGCAGUUUGAAUGGACUGAUGGUUCAUCCUAUGACUACAGCUACUGGGACAGGAACCAGCCAGAUGACGGUGUCCAUGCGGACCCAGAAGAGGAGGACUGCGUGCAGCUGUGGUAUCGGCCCACUAGCGCGCUGAGGUCAUGGAAUGAUAACACCUGCAGCUGGAAGUUCCCCUUUGUCUGCAAGAUUCCAUCUCCGACCAUUCAUUGAUCCAGCCUUGCCCUCCUGGAGUGAGCUUAUCUUGUAGCUGUACUUACUGUAGAGUUGACACUGAGUAAAUGUCAAACACACCAAAGAUAAAUCUCUCAUCCAGGGAUUCUAAACAAGCACAUCUCAAUUAUCCAGGGUGGUCACUUGCCUAAAUGACAGGAAACCCAACUCGAACUGGUUGACGAUAAAGCAUGGUAGAGUUUUUGACUUAAAUAACAAAAAUCCAGGAAUUGUUCUGGAUUCACAGUUGAACGUUAAUGGCCUGGCUCAGGUCACGUUCUCAUUCCUGCAGCAAUUUUUUUGGCUGGUGCUGAUUGGCUAGGCUCUGCUUAGAUGCAUGCCAAGGAGGCAGAAUGGGCUGGGAGAGAGAAGGGGUGGGGGGCAGAAUAGACUGGGAGUCAACAUUCUCUGAAGGUGCAGAGGGUGAGGAAAAUGGAGCAUGUUGGUCAAAGGGCACACACUUUCAACGAUAUGAUAACUAAGGUCUCAAUGGAUAAUGUACUAUAGUUAAUAAUAAUAUGCUGUGCACUUGAAAGUUGCUAAGCAAGUAGAUCUCAUAUGUUUUUACCCAAAACAAACAAAAUCAAAAUGUAACUAUGUGAGGUGAUAUAUAGGUUAAUUAGCAUGAAUGUGGUAAUUAUUUCAUAAUGUAUACACACAUCAAACAACACAUACGUUUUAAAUAUAUACAGUAUUGGGACCAG